CACAAAAGCCCGUCAUCCAUGACCGCAGUAUGCUGGUGCCAUAGCUUAGCCUGAUCCCCGUGCUUGCUUGCUCUCUCUCUCUCUCUUUCUCUCUUUUCGCUCUCUUCCGCGCCGUGCUUCGCCCGCCUACUGACUGUCUCCCCACCCAUCCUCCGCCCUCGCGCCCGUUGCUCGCUCCCUGACGCUCGUUCCUCGACGCCAACCUACCUACGAUCUACGAGUACCUCCCCCCGCCUCCGCCGCCGUCCCGCCCGCCCGACCAGCACCGCACACGCGCCCAGCGUUGCCCCCCAAGGCUUUUGAUGGAAGGCGUUGCGCCUUGUGGCUCGACAGCGUACGGACCGCAGGCAUCUACGUCACGGAAACAUGAGGGAUUGGAGCAGGGGGUAGAUCCGACGUCCAGCGCCAUGGACAAGUUCGGGUGCGUCGCGGGGAAAGCAGCCAUGCGUACAUGCCGUCGGGCCGCACGCGCCGGCCCCUUGGUUCUGCUUCUUGUGCUCUCCACCUUGGUCGCGUCCGUCGGCGCCGUCUUCAUCGACUUCAACAACUGCCUCGACCCCAACAUUAUACAUUCGGAACCCAGGCAGCUCCAGUUCAUACCUCACUUCGUCAGCGCGAGAUUCAACACGUCCGAUCCUAGCCAUAAUCUCAAUGUUACCAUCUACGGCAACGUGUCGGGCCAGGCAACCCAAGGCACUCUUCCAUCCCCGCUCAACACGACCUACUGGAACAACCCCAACGAGACCUUUGGCAAGAUUGUCGACCUCAGUACUUCAAACAACAAGUACACCACCUUGUUCUCCAAGUUCCAGGUCGUCACAUACACACCAUACGACGCAGAACCCAGCCGUUUCUGUUUGGCCACGGUCAACACGUCAUGUCCGAUUGCGCCAGUUUUCGAGGAUGUCCAAGACCCGUACGGCCUUUCUAUUUUUACUGUUGCCCACGACUUUUACAGUUCCUAUGCCUUCGCCUCGUUUGCUGCCACAAUCCGGGUCCAGUCUGGAGAUAGUGGCGCGCCAGACCUAGCAUGUAUAUCCGCAACCAUCACGCCAGAUCUGGGUGGAGCCCUAUCUGAUGCACUCCGCUACCUUCCGGCAGCUAUCCUGGCACUAGUAGCAGUCGCGACUAUAUUCGCCGCAAUCUUCAGUCCCUGGGGAUCUUCCGAUCCUUUUCGCUGGACGAGCAACUACGGAAGAGAUGAGGACCUCCUGCGUUUGGUUACCCCGGGUUUCGGCGAUUGUCUGCAGUACGUACAGUUCAUCGUCCUUGCAGGCAGUCUAAAUCUGGCAUAUCCAGGCUUCUAUCAGCCGGUCAUCAGCCAGGCAGCCUGGUCAACGCUUCUGUUCAACGAAAGCUUCGUGACUCCUGGAAAUUCGUCCUACAACAGUCUUGUAGAUGGCAUAUACGUCACCAACAGCACAUACGGCUUGUCCCGUCUAGGGCAGUUGGUUGGCAUGGACAAAGACCAGGAUAUAUGGGCCGCGUUCGCCGUAUGGUUCCUAGGCAUCACAGUCGCUGCGGUGCUCUUAUGCCAGAUCGGUUUUGUGAUAAAAUGGGCAUAUCGGUUCAUAUCGCACACGCAGGAAGAGGAUUUGCGUAGCAAGAACCUACCUUUUUCGACAGGCGUCGUUGUCCGCAUGACCUUCAAUUAUUUCCUCCUCCCCAUCGUGUCAAUUUCACUCUUCCAGCUCGUCGUGGCGAGCAGGUCACCCGCUUCGGUGGUCGCAAUGGCCGUCUUCCUUCUCAUUGUGGUUAUUGGGCUGGCAGCCUGGAUCUUCCGUCUCAUUUUUACCACUAAGCCUCGCGCACAUCUGUUCGACGACUUGCCCACCGUAUUGACGUACGGGCCUCUUUACAACACUUAUUCCGACGAUGCAGCCCCUUUUGCUUUCAUUCCGGUCCUGCUUACCUUCAUCAGGGGUGUGGCAAUCGGCGCGAUUCAACCUUCCGGCAUUGCUCAACUAAUCAUAUUAGCUAUCUGCGAGGUCAUUUACAUCCUCACGCUCCACGCAUUCAGGCCUUUUCAGGCACCGACGUCUAUGAACGCGUACCAUACUUUCUUCUCCGUAGUUAGGCUGCUCACAACGCUUUUGAGUGUGGCGUUUGUUCCCAAUCUCGACGUUGCUGAAUCAUCUAAAGGAUGGCUUGGCUAUGCGAUUUUGUUGCUACACGCGAUCGUUUUGGUGUUUGGUUUCUUCUUGAACUCAAUACAAACCAUCGUUGAAGUCUCUGCGAGAAUGGCUGGAGCUGGCGAUGCCAGAGGUGGCCUAACCAAGGUCUUUGGAAAGAGGCAGUUAUCUCGCCGUACACAUCGCAGGGGCCAGCGGAGCAGUCUUAACUCGAACGCAGGGAUGCUCGGCGAUGGCGAUUCUAAGUCCAUUCAGCUCAUGGGUGGCCGUUCACGGAGCCUCUCGGCUAGUUCUGCUGUGCUACUAGCUCGUCAAGCCGGAAUGGAUGGUCGUAUGAGCGGCGGAUUUGAACAUUUCAGCCAAGGCGGCGACCCCAGCAACUAUGGUGGAACAAGCCCUGAGCCCGGGACACCUGGUGGUAGUGCUACACCUUAUACUUUCCUUCCAAGCGGUAGUGCAUCGGCUGGUGCUUCGUCCCGCCGCCCUACCAUGGGUACUAUGGCCCCGAAGGGCCUGGAAACCACGGAUCCGUACUACCGGCCUCCCCGCGCACGAAGACAGACUGUCGAUCCUUACACUCCUGGAGCACGCAGCAGAGCUUCUUGGGGGAACGGGGAUUCGUCAAAGGCAUACGAAGACGCGCCAGAGUCUGGAGAUGCUGGAGAAGGGUCUUCAUUCUCCCCUCAUCGUGGAAGUAUAACGCCUGCUUACCUGCGAGGCCUUCGGGAUGACUCCGACCCGAACAUCAACGAACCACGAAGGCCUCGCACCGAUUACGCCGUCAGAGAAUCUGAUUUCUAUUACGGCGUCACACGAGGCCCGGCCCUUGCCAGCGAUGGUGUCCCAACCCGCAAGCUUAAGACCGGACCAGCCGACCCUAUGGGUCCCAUGUCUUCAGCCGGUGGAUGGUUGAAGAGUCUUUUUGGAGCCAAAAGGAAGGACAAGAGUAAAGGUUUCGAAGUUGUCAGAAGCACGCGAGCACCUCAAAUGCUUGCUGUUGGAGAGGAAGAAGAGAAUGCGCCAGAUGAUCAUCAUCACGAGCCUUACCAGGACAACCCAGACCCACGUGCACACCCAGAUCCACCGCGUGCUAUGUCAGCCUACACUAGGGCCAGUUCCGAAGAUGGGCGGCAUCCGGAUCCGCCGCGGGCUAUGUCGGCCUACACUAUGGCCAGCUCCGACGACGGACACAUCGCUAGGCCACGGAGAGAUUCAAGCGACAGUUCAGAUUCUCAGGAGAGCUCAGAGGAAGAGAAUCUGAUUGGCGAGGAUGGUGAUAUCUUUCACUCAGGAGGCCCUCGGGUCUCAGACAUGGCUCCAACAUUAGGGCCCAUUGAAACAGGUGGAGGGAUUGAGUUGCCGAGCAGGAUUGGGUCGAAAGCCAGCUCCAAAGUAUCCAGAAUGGGUAGCUUGAGCAGACCCCCAACCAUUCCUCGCAAGAGCUCGAAGCGCCAGUCUGGACACGAGGCGACCAUGUUCGCAGACACGCCACGGCUAUCGACUAUUUCGGCCUCGCCAUCCGAGUACGCGACGCAGGAGCCGCCGGCGGCACAGGAGCAACACGCGUCUGGGUACCUUCAGCCGGGGGCAGUCCCACGGCUUCCUUUCGGGUCGUCGAAAUCGUCGCCAUCUCCAGAACGGUCAGCAGCAUCAAGCAUCGGGGGAGAGGCGGGGCAUUCCGGGUCAAUGCGGAGGCAUACAGGGUCGCAGAGCACCGAGGGCGAGCGGCCGCUGAGUACAGGAUACGUGCAUCAGCACAAGGCGUCGGAAAGCAUCCAGCCAGGACUAUACGACCCGGCGGUGCACAUGGGCAGUCGGGCGGAAUUUGUGCAGGAUCCGCUGGGGAGUCGCAGCACGCGGCGGAGCGAGGAGUGAGGAGGCUAUACACACGGAGUAGUUAGUUGAUUUAAUGUUUCUAUCUAAAUUAAUUUUUGGACGGGGCGCUUAUUAAGCG